UCGGAACUAACGUGUAUUUUUGACUCGUUUUUAAGUGACCACUUUGGAUAGGCCAUUGUGGUGUAUUGUUUGGCUGUGGAUAUUCAACGGACCGUUUCGCGCAUUUGGCUGCCCAAAUUUUAGCACGUGUGUCCCAUUUGGUGUUUUUGCCUACUUGUUGGUUGAAUGUGAGAGUUGCCAGAAGAAUACCUGCGGAAGUACCUGGUACGAAACAGCCCAUAGCUCAAAGUGGACUGAAGUGACCUCUGGGUUAACCAAGUUGGGACUCAACCCUGGUUGAGUAUGGUCUUCAAAUUGAUAGUUGUGCCAGGUGUAUAAUCAUCGUGAAGGAGCCCGAAAAAAAACUGCAUGUUUGUUUAUGCAUCAGUGACAACCCAGUAGAAAGUGGCUGUUUUCUUGUCGCUAAUCAGUUCAACCUGGAGAAGGUAGUUAAAAGUUCGUGGGACGUGAAAUGUGCAACGGUUAGCGAGGAGCGUUGAAUGCAGAUGAAUUAAUUUAUGACCGCGAAACGACUGUCGUGAAUUAUUCAACUAAAUUAGUCGCCGACGAAGUCGGACUUCGGCAAACAUAAAGGAUUUGAGCCAGGAUGGCGGAGGAUGGGGCAACGAUGGAGCCCGAGUGGAAGAUUACGAUGGCAGCGCUGAAACAGACACUGCUCUCGAUAUCCGUGUCGCUGUCCUACUUUUGCAUUGGCCUCGUCCGAGGUUACUCCGCUCCGGCGGUUCCGUCCAUGCACGAAGUCAACCCUGGCCUGCUGCCGGACAAGAACAUCGCUUCGUGGGUCAGCUCGAUUCCGCCGUUUGGGGCGUUCUUCGGCAGCUUGGUUGCGUUUCCGUUGAUGCACAAGAUUGGCCGCAAGUACACGGUGAUGCUGACCUCGCCCGUUUGGGUGACCUCGUGGAUCCUGAUUGCGACCGCCGACCACUGGAAGGUUCUGCUGAUGGCCCGAAUGCUGUCCGGAUUCGGCGCUGGGCUAACGCUACCGUCGGCGCAGAUCUACGUGAGCGAGUGUAGCGAUCCGAAGAUCCGCGGGGUUAUUGGAUCGUUGCCUUCGCUGUCGAUGUCGGCGGGGAUCUUGGUGAUGUAUGUGCUUGGGAAGUACCUCGAGUGGCGGAUAUUGGCGUGGGUGUGCUGCGGAAUCGCUUGCUUUCUGUUUGUCGCGGUUAUCUGCUUCCCUCAAUCUCCAGUGUGGUUGAAGACGAAGAAGCGAUACGAGAAAGCUCACAACUCGGCAAAGUGGCUGCACCUACAGGGAUUCACGUUCGAUCCCAAAGCUCAAGAGAUUCAGAAGGCCGUCGGAAAUGGUCAUGCAGUAGAGAAACAAGAGAGUCCGUUCUCCAAGUCCGCCCUCUUCCGUCGAGAGGUCCUGCUACCGUUGGGCAUCGGACUGGCACUUCUCUCAAUCCAGCAGCUCAGUGGAAUCGACGCUGUAAUCUUCUUCACGGUGGAAAUCUUCCGCUCGGCGGGUAGCUCUAUGGAUGGUCAUUUAGCAACCAUCAUCGUGGGGGCCGUCCAGGUGGCCAGCAAUUUCUCCUCCCUGUUCGUGGUCGAUCGAGCAGGUCGUAAGCCACUGUUAAUCACCUCCGGUGUGAUCAUGUCUCUGGCGAUGGCUUCCAUGGGAGGGGCUUUCCAUCUGAACUCCAUCGGAAAUACUUGCUUUGGAUAUCUCCCUCUAGUGAGUCUGAUCAUCUUCAUGAUCGGAUUCUCCGUCGGCUUCGGUAGCAUUCCGUUCCUCCUAAUGGGCGAAUUGUUCCCGACGGCCCAGCGAAGUCUGCUGAGUUCCCUCGCCGGAUCGUUCAAUCUGGCGGUGAUGUUCGCCGUCAUCAAAACUUAUCAUCCCCUUGAAGAUGCCAUCACGACGUCCGGCACAUUCUGGAUGUACAGUGUGCUGUGCGCAAUCGGGGUGAUCUUUGUGAUAGCUUGCGUGCCGGAAACCAAGGGCCGUGAUCUGGAGAGCAUACACAAGCUGUUCGAGAAGCGGGACGGCAGCAGUGGGGGGGACCACGUGGAGGCGGCGGUACCGCCAGCGACAACGACGGCGGCAAGCAAGCUGGGACACGUGAAUACCGCCAUGAGCACGGCGGAUGAGAUUGUGUCCUGCGAUAAGGUGGACACCAAGUUGUAGGGGAAAUAGAUUGUGUUAAUUUAA